AUGUCCUUGAAUGAAGAUGACCCAUUAGGUCCUCCAAAGAACACGCAGAACUUGGACUUGAAUAAGUUAACCCCAGAUGAAUUGAAAAUAUACAGAAUGUAUGGCAAAUUGCCCACUCGGCAGCAAAUCUUGACAUCCAAAAUUAAAGAGAAGAAAUACUUUGACAGCGGUGACUAUGCCAUGCAAAAGCAAUUGGGCGGCAGCAAGUCCUCUGUACCUUCUUCAAUGCCCAUGAGCCAUCCCAAUGCCGAGAAAGUCAAGGAGAUGUAUAAUCGGAACUCCAUUAGCAAUGCCAGUGUAUUGCCAUAUGGGAAACUGAAUUUGUUGCACGAGCGGACGGCUGAGGAUGAAGAAACCAAGUAG